GUUACAUUAUUUUAUUAACUGUAAAGAAUAUUUUCCUUAAAUUAGUGUUGUUAUUGUGACUCUAUAACAGUGUUAUAAUAGCUAACUCAGGAAUGAACGAGGUUUUACAAAAUGGACAGAAGCUGCCCAAAACGGAGGAAAACUAAAAAGAUUUUGUCGGACGGCGAUGUUAAGAAAUAUUUGAACAAUAAUGACUGCGAAGAAAGAGAAAAGAUAGUGUACAUAACGAAGGUUCCAGAUGAUUGGGAGUCAGGCAUGGUACUGAGUUUGUACCAUGAUGGGUUCACCGUUACAGUCCCUGCUAACUCCAAACUCUCCACUCACCGAAUAUCUUACGACGAGUCUGAUUUUAUCAGAUGUGUAGAACAGGGAGACAUUCCAGACGAAUUAGUACCGUUGCUAGGAGACAUGAUGCUAUCAAACAACAAACUAAUAGUAACUAUCACGGACUACAGAGGCUUCCCUCGUCCUGGGUCUACCGAGCCGUACACUCUAGACUUUCCUAUAACUACCCAGCACGUCCUCAGUAGAUCAACCCAGAGUUUAGUACUGGAGUUGUAUGAUACACUGGGCGAGACUCUCCCUUAUGAUCAGCUCACCAAAUUGGAGAACUAUCUGUUGAUGUUGAACUCACCUCCUCUAUGCUUGGAUACAUGCACUCAGGUAUUUGAAGUAAAGAGUGACAUCCACCUAACACAGAAUCAGCUCAACAACAUGGCAGUAAGACGACUAAUAACACACUGCAACAAGUCGGAUCACAUUAACGUUCUCUCUGAUAUCGUAGCUGAGAUGAGCCUGGUUCUGCAGUACGGGAAGAGGGAUACACCUGAGUUCCACAGUUCAAAAGACAGCUCGGUGGACGGUAAGCUGAGUAAAAUGAAGAUAUCUACUGACGCUAAGCCACCUAACUAUGCUAAGGAAAUACUUGAUCUCUGUAAAGAACGCUUAAACCGCUCAGUCAGUUCAGCGGGCCCCCAACUCCAGACUAUGCCUCACCUCAAACCAGCCCCCUUUAUGACCAACUCAAAGCAAGGCGCCCCUCCUCCAGGAGGCAGCCCAGCAGCCCCCCAAACCCCCGCUCCUAGCGGUAGCGGGGUUAUGACUCCUAUCUCUCCUAAUCUACCUGUUGUUCACAGUAUGAGUAGUCCGUCCUCCCAGCCUCCUAAUAUACUACCUGCUACUUCUAUACAGUCUCCCAAGAGUGUGCCUCCUGUUAACAGGCUUCCUCACGACCCGAGUAAGGGGAUUAGAGGAACCUAUAACGCCGGUUACAUAGUACCUCCUAUAAACCCUGCACAACGCCCUACCCAACAGCGUAUGACGGUACCCAUGAUGCAGAUGGGUCAAGGAACACAGCAACAAUCCCCUAUAAUGCCACAGCCUGGUGGCAUUAUACGCGGUCAGAUAAUGCACAUGGCACAACCACAACAACUCAGACCAGUCAGUGCUGCUGGACGGAUUGAUAAUUCGAUGAACAGUCCCCGACCAAAUGCAGCGAUGAUGAUGCCUCAACAGUACCCCAGAGGUUACCAAUAUCCCAGCGUGCAACAGAUCCCAAGAAGUUAUGUUGACCCUGGUGGAUUUCUGCCAGUGCAGCGACCAGCUCAAGUGUUACAGAUAUCCCUUCCUCCGAACAUGAAUCCUCAAACUGCACCCAGACAAGUUCGACCGACGUUGGGACCAAAUCCGGGCAUAGCUCAGCCUCACCAGGCAUCUCUUCACAGAGUUCCUUAUAAUCAGAUGCAACUCGGAAACAUGCCGAACGCUAACAUACCGAACGCUAAUAUGCCGAACCCAAAUAUGUAUAACCAAUACAGAUGAAGAUAAUAAAUUGUACAUCCUGACAGAGUGUCACAGUGUUAACAGAAUAAUGUUGAUUUGUGAUUUUCAUGGUAACAUUGCAGACUCAACAGUUUUAGUAAAGACUAAAUUGAAAGAGUUAUUUUUUAGAUUAUUCCAGAAAUUAGAUUUGAUAACACUAGUAUUGAUAUUACAAAGAGUAUCUCCUAUUAGUAUUGAUUUAAAUCCAAAUGUUCAGCUUGACUCACUUAUGCUAGUAUUAUGUUAUCUGUAUGUCGGAGUCUUUGUAAUUCCGCUAUAGUUUGACUAUCUAUUAUUUCUCAUUCUGUAUUUAUUUCUUCUUAUCAUUCAGAUAUUUGUAAAAUCUCGUUUAAUUUUUUAAUGGUAUCGUUUCACCAAGGGCAAA